AUGAGCGGGAGGCUGCUGUCGUCGCGCUAUGCGACGCUUGCUCGACAUAGCUCCCCCCUCGCCCUGAGGUCGCCAUAUCACACGGCCCAACAACGCGCAGGAGGUUUAAUCACUCGGAACAGCAUCCCAAGGAGUCGUCCUAUAUCUUCUGGAACAAACACGCCAGUCGUACGACAUGCAUCAUUCGCUCGCGUCAUACCGAAGCUGGCAUUCAAGCUUAUUCGCCUGCCUGCCCUGCUAGGUGCCACUGCCGUCGGUAGUCUAGCAUAUAUUCAAUAUCAAGCCGCUCAGGCUGGUAAUUACGCAAUCGACCUGUUCACUAGAGCAUCAGACGCAACCACCACCGGAGCCCGGUCCAUAUUCGAGGGUGCAGGCGGUAUCUUUGCGCAAACAAAGGCUGGUUGGGAGAAGACCAAGAAGGACUUGCAAGAGCUUUUUCCACAGCAAGAGUCAUCUGGACCUGGAGGCGAUGGAGGACCUGGAGGAAAUGGUCCAGAACCCAAGGAAGCUCGCGUCGGAGCUGGUGCUGCAGGUGCUGCCACAGCCGCUGCUUUCGCUUUGAACGACGAUGAACAAGACGACCGAUCCGAUGAAGCAGCAGCUCGCGACGAUCAGAUGAUGCUCCUCACGCGCAAGAUGAUCGAGAUCAGAAGUCUGCUCCAGACAGUCGGCCAGUCAGAAACUCUCACACUACCCUCGAUCGUUGUCGUUGGCUCGCAGUCAUCAGGAAAAAGUUCAGUGCUGGAAGCUAUUGUCGGCCACGAGUUUCUGCCUAAAGGCUCCAACAUGGUCACUCGUCGACCCAUCGAGCUGACACUGGUAAACACUCCUGGAGCACAUGCAGAGUACGGCGAGUUUCCAGCUCUGGGCUUGGGCAAGGUCACCGACUUUGCUCAGAUCCAGCGCACUCUGACCGACCUCAACCUGGCCGUACCAGAGACCGAGUGCGUAUCUGAUGACCCCAUCCAGCUGCGCAUCUACUCGCCUAACGUUCCUGAUCUUUCUUUGAUUGACCUGCCCGGCUACAUUCAGGUGACUGGUUUCGACCAGCCCACUCAACUUAAGGAGAAGAUUGCUGCCCUGUGCGACAAGUACAUUCAGGCACCUAAUGUCAUCUUGGCCAUCUCUGCUGCUGAUGUUGAUCUGGCCAACUCCACCGCUCUUCGUGCCAGUCGUCGUGUCGACCCUCGUGGUGAGCGCACCAUCGGUGUCAUUACCAAGAUGGACCUGGUCGAUCCGCAAAGAGGUCAUUCUAUGCUGACUGAUAAGAACUACCCUCUGAGACUAGGCUACGUUGGUGUUGUUUGUCGAGUCCCUCAGCACUCCAAUUCUCUCUUCUCUCGUGGCAAUGCCAACAUCACAUCUGCCAUCACCCGUAACGAAAAGGCUUACUUCUCUUCUCAUCCCGAAAGUUUCGGCCCUGUCAGCGAAGUUACUGUGGGUACCACAAAUCUUCGCAAGAAGCUCAUGCACGUCCUGGAAUCAACAAUGUCGGCAUCGCUUGCCACUACCGCUGAAGCCAUUCAUCAUGAGCUUACCGAAGCCACCUACGAAUUCAAGGUGCAAUACAACGAGCGUCCCCUCUCAGCCGAGUCGUAUUUGGCUGAGAGUCUCGACGCCUUCAAGCACUCUUUCAAGGGUUUCUCAGACUCUUUCGGUCGCCACCAACUACGCGAUAUUUUGAAGCACGAACUUGACCAACAAGUGCUCAACCUGCUCGCUUCGCGAUACUGGAACAGACCUCUCGAGGACCUCUCGGCUCAAGAAGGUGAAGGUUUCGUUGACAGCCUCUCUGCUCUACCUAAAGCAGAUCCUAACGACCAACUUUGGCGUCUCAAACUUGAUGCCAGCUCUGCUUCUCUUACCAAACUUGGCAUCGGACGUCUUGCCACAACUGUCGCUGCUGAGUGUUUACAAGCACAUGUUGAGCGUCUCAUCUCAUCUUCAACCUUCAACGCCCACCCCUUCGCCCAGACAGCAAUCACACAAGCUGCUCAAGGGAUCUUACACGAUCUAGCUUACGAUACCAGCGAUGAGCUAGAGAUUUGUGUCAAGCCCUACAAGCAUCGCAUCGAUCUCGAAGAUUCGGAAUGGAUGCGUGGUCGUGAGAAUGUCCAAAAAGUCCUCAAAGCCGAGCUCCGAGAUUGCGAAGAUGCUGUCAAGACUGUCGAAGCAGAGAUGGGAGGCAAANAGCGCUUCAAGGAUGUCGUAACUUUCAUUGACAAGGUCAGAAAGGGAGACAUCAAUCUUGAAGGCAACAGUAGUGGAGGCGCUGGCGGAUUCUCAGCAGCUCUUCUUGCAAAGGGCAGAGAGGCGGUUUUCCUUCGCGAUCGCGCUGAUAUCCUACGCAUGCGUUUGCUCGCAGUCAAGAGCAAGGCUUGCGCCAACAAGAACAACAAAUACAUCUGUCCCGAAAUUUUCCUCGACGCAGUGGCAGAUAAGCUCACCACUACCGCCGAUCUCUUCAUCGAUGCUGAAUUGCUCAGCAAAUUCUAUUACCAGUUCCCUCGUGCCCUUGACUCAAAGUUCCGCUCUCUCACACCUCAACAACUCGAUCAAUUCGCACGCGAAGAUCCAAAGAUUCGCCGGCAUCUGGACGUGGUGCACAGAAAAGAACUCCUGGAGCACGUGCUCAAGGAGAUGGAGGCACUCAAGGCUCUGGAAGCCAGAGAAAAGCGAGCAGGCAGAGGAAGCAGAGAACCUGUGUCCCGGCUCAGCGAGCGCGACCGCCUAGGCGACGACACGAGCGAUAGAAGGAAGAGAGGUUGGGGUUUGUUCUAG